AUGCUCCCUGUUCAGCGUGUAAAGGGUCAGCCGCAGUUGUGGCAAAUGAGCGGGGAGCCACCUCCGUGGGUGUGGAUGAUCCCAGCCUCCUCCGGGCUCUGCCGGGUGGGCUCCCCAGCGCCUCCUCCUCUCCUCAUCUCCUCACGACCACCUCCCCUGCUUCAAGCUGUCUCGAGCUGGCAACUGUCCUGCGAUCCCUUUCUGCCGUUGAUGCGCGCGGCAGAACCCGCAAUCAAUCAGUUUCCCGUGCCAAAUGUGCAGUGGGACCUACCCUCCAGACCCCACGUGUUGGGAUUUCAGCCCUCUACCAGUGUGGAGCUGGUCCCAGUAUUUCCUCAAGUGUACCGCACUGUGCUGCCUCCACAUUUUGGCAAAGGAUGGGUGGAGAAACGAGUCCCCGACUACAAGGUUUACCUAAACAACACUCUGGAGACCUCCUGGUUUGCUCCUGAGGACAUAGGACUGUUCCAGAGGCAAGACAAACCUCUACUGAUGACAAAUCAAAUGGCAAUGAGCAUAUCUAGGCCAGCUACUGCCUCCAGAAAUAUGCACACUCUACUGGUGUCACCCAGGCGCAUCUCAGGAUAUCCACUGGCCAUCAAACGAGUGGGCAGCAACAAAAGGAUGGCUUUGGCCGCAGCUGCCAUGAUGGCGAUGGAGUCGGACGUGAGCCAAGGCCCUUCCUCUUCCUCCGCCCACCCAAUCCACCUGCUGUCGCUCUUGCCAAUCAACUUGCCCUACCUGAGCACACCUAACCUAGGGGCCCGUUCUGCUUGGGAAGGUCUUCUAGAGCCAGUCGUUCCAGCACGCGGCAGGGUAACCACCCUCUCCACCCCGAGCGUGACCCUCAUCACAAGCGACUGGAAAGAUCAAACGCCAGCAGAUAAAAAAUUAGACAUGAAGAAGCCUUCUUGCAGUGGAGCUUUGGUGCUACGUUCAGAACCAAAUCCUGAAGAAAAAAAUGAGGAGGAACCAUUCAAGAUCGGCAUGGAGGGAUCAGAGGGCACUCCCAAAGACAAACGACCAGUUGCCUCCACUCCUGUGCCUGGGUCACCAUGGUGUGUGGUGUGGACAGGAGAUGACAGGGUCUUUUUCUUCAAUCCCACAAUGCAGCUGUCUGUCUGGGAGAAACCAGUUGAUUUAAAAGACCGUGGCGAUCUCAACAGGAUCAUUGAAGAUCCACCGCAUAAACGUAAAAAGGAUUCAUUAAAAGAUGGUUUAAAUUCACCCAUGGCUGAUGAUGAUGACGAUGAUGAAGAUGAGCACAGUUCAAAAACUAAGCGGAACAAACUGGAGGAUUCUGCUGAAUGUGCUGUAUCAUCUGAAGACAAGGAUAAAGAGAAGAGUGUAGAACCAUCUCCUCACAGGAUGGUCCUGCCUUUGGAACUGCGGAUCGCACACUUCAGGUCCAUGCUGCUGGAGAGAGGGGUGUCAGCAUUCUCUACCUGGGAAAAGGAAUUGCACAAAAUUGUAUUUGAUCCACGCUACCUUUUACUGAGCUCUGAGGAGCGUAAGCAGAUUUUUGAUCAAUUUGUUAAAGCCAGAAUGAAAGAGGAAUACAAAGAAAACAAGAGCAAGCUGCAGCAAGCGAAAGAAGAAUUCAGAAAACUUCUUGAAGAGUCCAAAAUUACAUCCAGGUCAACGUUUAAAGAAUUUUCCGAGAAGUACGGCAGAGAUCAACGAUUUAAACAGGUGCCGAAGAGGAAGGAUCAGGAGAUGCUCUUCAAUCAGUUCAUCAGCUCGCUGAAAAAACGUGAUAAGGAGAACAGAGUGAGGCUGAGGAAGAUGAGAUGA